AUGUCAGCGGAUCUCUUUGCGGCGUUCGGACAGCCUGAUUCCGCAUCACAACCCACCACCGCCUCAAAUAAUGCCAACUUGUCGAGAACUGGACCGGUCAAGGGGAACAAGGGGAAGCCUGGUGCAUUGCUGGACACGGAUGUCGACUUGAGAGAUGCUACUGCGCCACAGGCCUCGAUAUUUGAAUCCUGGCAGCCACCUGCACUGGAGCGGGCAAGCAGUGACGCCGAAGUAUUAUUCGAUGCCACGACGGAGCCACCUCCAGAUAGUAACGGACAGGACGAUGAAGACGGAGACGAAGAUGAUGAAUGGGGGGAGUUUGAGAGUGCAGAGCAGCUACCAGUAGCUCAACAGGAAGGAGCCUCUCUUUGUCUACAACAUCAGGUCAUCGAUAUCGAUAACUCCUUCGAGAGCUCUGCCACACCUCAAAAACCAUCGUCCCAGCAGGCUGCUAAAUCUCAGCCUCAACCGCACAAUGUCAUCGAUCUGCUAUCUAUCGAUGAUGAUCUUGCAAAAACUACAACAAGUUGUUCUACGGGUGAUCGGCCGGUCCGACAUCAAACAGGUCAGAUCUCAGGCGAGGAGAGGCUAGUUGCUGCCCCUCCCAAGAACAGCAAAGGCAAAGGAAUUGAAGUUGAAGAAGCAGAAGAGGACGAUGAUUGGGGCGAAUUUAUCGAUGGAGCCGAAGAUGCUGCCACCAAGACUCAACAGCAACCAAUCCCUACCUCGUCGUCAGGGCGCUCCAAGGCAAAAGCAGUCUCUCCCGAGCCUGGCUUGAGCAUGGAGAAAACGAGGACUCGCAAGGCAGAGACCACCGCCUCGUCGGUCCGGCCUACAAACAUCCCACCGCCCUCGAUCCUCCUGCCGCUCUUCCCGCCUUUAUUGGAAGAGUCAAGACGAAAAGCGGCAGGUUAUGCAAGGCGGAAGGGAGACGGCAGCACCACCAGCAGCCUGCAGCCUGAUGAAGAGUUUGCCAACCAGUUGGUGUCUGAUAUCAGAACCAUGGCCCACGUCGUGUCCGGGCGUCAUCUACGGUGGAAACGAGACCAGAUACUCAGCCAAAGCACUAAAAUAGGGCCCGCCAGGUCCGGACGAUCCGGGGGCAUGAAAUUGAGCAGUGUCAACAAAUCAGAAAAUGUAAAAGAAGAGCAGGAAGUAAUGGAGGUGGUCGAGGCGUGGAAGAGGUGCGGUAGCCUGCUCAACUCGGUGGUUACAUCGAUCGGGAGGAACCCGAUGCCAGCCCUGUCACUAAGCAUGCAAGUACGGACUGCCGCUAUUGACGAGGGUGCGCUGAAAUCUGCUCACGCCUGCGCCCUCUGUGGGCUGAAGAGGGAAGAGAGAGUCCCCCGAGUUGACGACCAGGUGAGCGACAGCUUUGGAGAGUGGUGGCUAGACCACUGGGGACACGCGGACUGCGAGGCCUUCUGGAAAUCCAAUGCAGCCAAUCUCGAUCACCGAUGA